UUACGUAACGACUUGCGUUCAGUGGCCUUCUUAAUCGACUAGUUGUAACGGACUUGGCAAAGGGAUGAAUAAUAGAUUUUAUAUAGCGGCUGUUAGUAGUCAUGCUAACCGUAAUGCCAAGAUCUUUCAAUAUUAAAAACUAUUGGCAUAAUAACGACAGACUCGUGAAUAGUUAAGAGGCAUCCAAUAUAAAACAUCGCCCGUGACGCGUAUAAAUAUGUGAGCUAAAGUACUGGUUUAUAUAGUACUUGGCUUAGUUUGCUCUAAUCCUUUGAACACAAUUUCCCCCACAUCUGAAGUUGGAAAAAAUAGAUUACCACUUGUCAUGACGAUGGUCGCGCAUUCAGGCAGCCUCGUUGUGGAGCUGUAUUUCUUUGUGACAGUUCUUGGCUGUGACAGCAACCUGUGAGUACGUGCAGCUGAAACGGUGGGUAGGCACGUGUGUUUGCAUGAAAAUGAGUGACCGGUCCAGAAGCACUGAGACACACAAUAAAAACAUUGAGGUUUUCCAAUCGCCAUUUGACCGUAUGUAUGAGAAGCGGUUUGGUCGUAGAGGCAGUGGCGCACUGGAGAGAGUGAACAAUCGGCGAACUGAGAUGUCAAAUGAGAUGGCGUUCAGCGCUCUGCCCUUGGAUAAACCUAUAGGUUUACGUAGGUGGACGGCAUGGCGGACUCGCCUGAAUCACGGACUCAUAGAUCUAGCCUUAGACCCCUUCCUCCAAAGCAAGUUCACACCCGAGACGGAACCUACGGUUUUUAUUGAUUCAAACACUUGUGAUUUCGCGCUUCAUUACGCAGUGGCUGAUUUCCCUGAAAGGACAGAUAUAAAUUUAGACGCCGAGACAUAUGUCAGCUUUGGUAUCCCAAGAGCAAAGGUGCAGCGUCCCACUUCAGCGCCAAGUUCUGCGAAUUUCGAAGGGACGCGUCUCAAGAGACGCCCCACUCCAUCCAUCCCCGAAGAGGAACUAUCAUCCCCUAGUCCUGUACCCGACAGUGAAGACUCGACCCCGGAUCUUAUCGCUGAGGAAGUCCUACUGGAAUGUGAACGGUUAUACACACGUCCUCUUCACCUAUUACAACGGCCAACUAACCCCUUGUUUUACGACGAAAACAGGGAAACCGACUCUAUCACAGUGACAGCACAGUUCUGGUAAAACCAUUUGUUGCAUGUUAAAGACAGUCACGAAAAACCACUGUGGACAUGGGGCCUGUUAUUGGAAAUUAGAGAAAAGUCUACUUUAGCAGCUAUUGUCAUCCAUAUUAUUUUGUUUACAAUGCAUUACUCGUUUCAAAGUAUAAAAUUAGAAAUGAAAAAGAAAGGAGAAAAAAAUCUAAAGUAAAAAAGAUCACGUUUCCGUUGAAAGUUCAGCAAUUAAAACCAGCCAACGGGGUCUUCUUUCUUUUGAUAAAAAUAUCGUUAGAAAUUUGACUGCACACUCAGUAUAAGUUAUUGUUUGUUACCGCACAUUCUUAUUUGUUAUUUUUUAGGAUUAAACCUAUGUAAUAAGGAAUUUCAAGUUUCUGUAGCCAUUUAUAAUAAUGCAAUUUAUACGGACUCUACGCUAAUUAUUGAGCUAUUGUAUUAAUUUUUUAAAAAAGAAAAAUGUUUGUCGUGCGAUUCAAAUCGGCAUGACAUAGCAUGAAAAAGCUAAAAAAUAAAGGAUAGCUCAUUCCUGUGUUUAAGUAUCGAGAAUUCCCGCGAUAGGGCCUACUUUGUCCUGUUGGUCAUAAUCUUGCCCUCAUGCAGUAUUCUGCACACCUUUAUAAUCCAAUCAAUGGUUGCUCUACCCGCUAGACGUCGCUACUGUAUUGUUAUUCAAAUUGGGUCAGUGUUCAAGGUGUGGUGAGAGAUCGAAUACUCACCUGAAAGUAGCCAUGAUCUAGACGGCGAUCUGCGUUAAACCCUCUGUAAGACUGUGUACUACCAAUUGUGGUUAUUUUACAAUCAAUACCAGUUGACAAGUAGGGAGAGGAUAUCUACUAGUACUAUAGUAGGUUGAGAGUGUCAUAUGGAUCAUCCCCCAGACCUUCCACCCCGACCACACGGCCACGGGCACGUUCAACGUGAGAAGAAGAAAGUCAAUAACGAACACGCCCCUCUCCACAAAUGGGUGUCAUGGCGGACCCAAGUGAACGACGGGAUUAUUGACGAUUUGAUGCAGCAUCACGGAGCGGUUACCCCAUCGGAACUUCCUCCUUUAAAACAACUUCUACCGUCAAAAAGAUCACAGAAAUUUCACGGAAAACCAAUUUUCUUUUACACUACCUCCUUUAAUAAUGGUACCGUACUGUACCCUGAUGAGUUCAUUAAUUACGGUAUCCCCAGGGUUAGACUGGGCAAUAAACCUCCGAAACCAGUCCCUACCCCGCACCUAAACAAUGACAUUGGUCCUAUGGACAUGACGAAUGGGUUCGGUCCAAGACAGGAAUACAGAGAUCCCGCAGAACCCAUGGAGAAUGAAUAUUACAACUUCACGCGGCAGACCCAGCCUCGUCCUGCCGAAAGCCCGAACGGCGUCUACUAUAACUACGCUGAACCCCGGGGGAAGCCCGGUAUCAAUGACGGAUGGGAGGACUUAACGCGGAAAUAGCUUCUCUGUGUACAGUGUCGCCAGCAAUAAUACUAUCUGCACACAAUGUGAAACGAAAUGGACUAGUGUUUCGAGGCAAUAAUGGUGCCCAAACUAUGGCAGAAAAGUAACAAUUUUAAAAUAUUAUUUUCAUUACAUUUCAUGCGCAUACCUAUUUACAUCACUUCCUGCCAGUAAUCCGAACAAUAGCCGUUUUUUGUCCUUUUCAUAGAAAUGCUUUUAAUACUCACCCAGUGCUUCUUGCUUCUGCACAAAUCGCUGCUUGGUUCGGUAGAAUAUAUAUUGAUAUCACUCUAAAUCGUGUGACUAGGGGAACUAAGUAACUGCGCACUUACGCGAAAAUUAUUUAAAAAAAGCAGUCUAUGUCUCUAAUAAAAACGAAGAAAUGAAAACGGGCACAUGGCAUUGCCAGUUUUUACAAAACAUUUGUCAAGUGAAAUCUGUAAGAUCACAUGAUCACCUUGUUUAAGAAACGAACAUACCUACGUUUUUUCGUUAGGCACGUUGACCAGACGAAUCUUUCAAAAUAAUUUAUUUCACUCAAUGAAGAAAAAAUAAUCUCGAUACUUUCAGAGAGUAUAAAGUGACGGCUGUUUGGGUUAAAAAAUCUCGAAAAAAAGGACAUUAGCUAGUCUUAUAAUACACUUAUCAUACAUUAUAAUACCACUCAACAGUUGUAUUUAAAGGUGUCAAUUAAAGGAACAAAAUUAUUUAUUUUCAAUAAAGCAAUUGUUUAUAUGGUUAUA